UCCUAUAUAUACAAAUGUGUGUCUGUGUGUGUAUUUAUAGAUAAUGAUUAGCAAAAGGUGAAAAGAUGGCACUUUUAUGGCAUCGUGGCACGCUGGUUGAUCUUUCAGUUGGUUAGAAAUCGCUCUUGCCUCGAACAUGUUUUUUUUUUUUGGUCCCUUCAUUGUUCUAAGUCAUUUUAUCCUUCCUCGAAAUAAUAAUCCCACUUUGAAUUUGGGGCUGGGGGGGUCGUGGUGCAGACCACCUGCUGGAGCUGUGUGGAGGAGACCCCGGGGAGCCGUCCCCUCCCCUGCUCUCCCUCGCCUCGUCCGGCCCUCCCCUCCCUUUUCCUCCGGCCGCGUCCCGUCGCAGCAGCACCACUCGCAGUCAGGCAGCGGUACUCCAGGCUCUCACUUCCCCAGCUGCUGACGUCAGCUGGCAGCCUGGGCAGUGCUCGCCGCUCCGGACAUAGCGCCGAGAAAAAUGCUGCUCUCCGUACCGCCAAGGGCAGGAAUCAACCCGUACAGCGGCUUUAACAGCAGAAACAGCAAAAAGCAGGCCUAUGUUUCCUCCGGCCACCAGAUGGCUCCCCCGAGUCCAAACAACAACAGUAGCAGUAACAGCAGCGGAGGAGGCGGAGAACAACUAAGUAAAACCAAUCUGUAUAUCCGAGGCCUUCAUCCCGGGACUACGGAUCAAGACCUGGUUAAGCUCUGCCAGCCGCAUGGCAAGAUUGUGUCAACCAAAGCAAUCUUGGAUAAAACCACCAACAAAUGUAAAGGCUAUGGAUUUGUAGACUUCGACAGUCCGGCAGCAGCUCAGAAAGCUGUAACGGCUCUGAAAUCAAGUGGAGUCCAGGCACAGAUGGCCAAACAACAAGAGCAGGACCCCACCAAUCUGUACAUCUCCAACCUACCGGUCUCCAUGGAUGAGCAGGAACUGGAGAGCAUGCUCAAGUCCUUUGGACAGGUCAUUUCCACACGCAUUCUGCGAGACGCCAACGGAACGAGCCGUGGUGUGGGAUUUGCCAGGAUGGAGUCCACAGAGAAGUGUGAGGCCAUAAUUCAACAUUUCAAUGGCAAAUUCAUCAAGACUCCACCGGGAGUUCCGGUUCCCACAGAGCCCUUAUUAUGUAAGUUUGCAGACGGAGGUCAGAAAAAGAGGCAGAACCAGGGAAAGUACCUCCCCAACGGAAGGCCCUGGGCCAGAGACGGAGAGAGCGGAGGAAUGACGCUUGCGUAUGACCCCACAGCAUUACAAAAUGGCUUCUAUUCUUCGCCAUACAGUCUGGCUCCAAACCGGGUGAUCGCUCAGACGUCCCUUUCACCUUACAUGCAUUCUCCUGUCUCAUCCUACCAGGUGCACAGCCCGUCCUGGAUGCACCAUCAAUCAUACCUCAUGCAGCCAGCUGGUACAGUUCUUACACCAGCAAUGGAUCACACAAUGUCCAUCCAGCCCACGUCUAUGAUGGGACCUCUUGCCCAGCAGCUAAGCCACCUGUCCCUGGGCAGCACGGGCACAUAUAUUCCGGCCAACACAACUAUGCAGGGGACCUACAUCCCCCAGUACACCCCAGUGCCUCCCUCCAAUGUUCCAGUUGAGGAGAAUGGUGGUCAACAGCAACAGGUUGCUAUGGAAACCCCCGCAGAACACACCAACUACUCGUACCAACACACCAAGUGAAGCUUGGGUGGGGCUUCGGCCAUGUGAUGAAUCCAACCAAUCAGGGUUCAGCUAGAAAAAAAAGAAAAAGAAUUCUGCUCCAUCCCGUCACCAACUAUUCGGACUUGAACAUGGAUGACAAAAAGGAAGACGUGUGUACGCUCAUGUGUGUGUGUGUGUGCAUGCAAGUUUGAGAGCGAGAGAGAGUCUAUCUGUUUGUUUGUUUGUUUGUUUGUUUUACUUCCAUUUUAAAGAAACAAGACAACACUUCCAUCAUUGAACGUUUCUGCUCACAAGUUGAACUACCAAAGGAGGUAAUCUUCCCCACAGAAGAUCUGAUCUAUUUUGAUAACUGAAACAAGGAACACACAAAAAAGAGGAAGAAAAUUAGUGAGGAGGGUAAAAAAACAGAGUGUUAUUUUUAUGCACGUAAUAUAACAAAAUUCUUAUUUUUAAAAAUUGCAUUCUGGAUGUUUCAGAGUGAUUCAAGGAAAAGAGUUAAAAACACAAUGUGUCUUUUAUUUUUUUGUAAAAUAUGCAAACAUUUUAUUUCCUGAUGUCUGCUGUUUGACAUUCUAUUUGCAGCCGUGGGGCAACAGUUUGUACAGGUUAA